AUGUGUGUGGUUGCAGCCCCGACGAUCGCGACGGUCAAGGAGGAGCCCUCCGCGCCCAACACAUCACCAAACAGCCCCAAAGACGCCACCAAGCCCAGCCCACCACUGCCACCACCUGCUGCGGCAUUAGUGGCCAAGAAGGAGGCAUCGCAGGCAGAGGUCGGGGAGGGCGAGAGUGCUGCGGCGGGGGCCCUCUCGCCGGCGCCACCCCGGCCGAGUGUCACAGAGGAGGGGCAGCAGCAGCACCAGCAGCAGCAGCAGCAGCGGAAGGAAGAACGUGUCGAUGAACAGAGAGAGGAUGUAAGACAUUUUUUUCCCACCUCCACUCACAGACAGACAGACACCGAGACAUACACACAUGGAUUCAUCUCUGGUGUAUUCCACAAAUGCAGGAAGAGGCGGAGGAGAUCGGUGGCAACGGUGGCGUAGAUGACGGCCGUUCGGCUCUGCAUCAGCGGCUGGAGCGUCUCUCAGCCCAGCUGCAGCGGCCACUCGUGGCCUCUCGCGACACACCAGCACCAGCACCAGUGGCAGUGGCAGCCGGCGAGACACCGCAUGUUCUAGCGGCCGCAGUCCCGGGGCAGAGGCUCCCCAGGAGAUCCCCGGAUCGGCUGCAGGACUUCCCCUUUAUGCAGGCCGAGAGACGAUGUCAGUUGGCGCAAAGAGAGAGACAGGGAGGGGUGAAUUAGUGUCGUGUGUGUGUGUGUGGAUUGGUUCAGUCGACCAUCGUGUGUAUGGCGCUGUGGUUGGUGCUGGUGCUGCUGGUGGCGGCAGUGGUGCGUCCAACGACUAUGACUAUGACGACACAUCAUCCAGCGAUGAAGGCGACGAGCGGGGAGAGCUCAGCCCGUAAGGACAAAAGAUAGAAUCAGCCAACACGCCCGCCCGCCACUCUCCCCUCUCCUUCUCCUUCGUCUGUCAGGGACUCGCCCCACAUUCUUCUCAAAGUCCCGUCGCUGCACGUCCACGCCCUCAACGGCCUGUAAGCUCUCUGAGAAGGCGGGCGACAAGAGAUAGAUGAGACACGGCCAUCUCGGCAUCUCCUGAUUUGCUCACUUUGCAGGGCUGCGCGGGAGUCUGCAUCGCCGGCAGACAGCGGCAGCGGCAGUGGAGGUAGCGGUCUGGCGGUGGCCAUGGCUCCGCCAAAGGGCAAAGCGGCCCAGCCAGGAGGGAGAGGAUCACGCCUCAUCACGGCCGCCACUUCGGCGAAAGGCAAGCCGAUGAGACAGGGAGAGGGAGAACAUACACACAAUGCAUUGUGAUGUGUGUGUGUGUGUGUUUCAGAUUUGGUGGUUGUGGAGGAGGGACACCGGCGUAGCAUUAGCGAAGUCUCCGACGAAUGGAACCGUUAGUGCAUGAGCAUUGACCACGAUACGCCCGCACACGCCGCGCCCACCCUCUCUCUUUUUCUCUGUCUCUGUGUCUCCCUCUCAGUGGUUGGCCGCACUCCCCCCGGCACAAGCACCACUGGCACCAUCAACUCAUCGCCCCUCGACGCCCCACCCGCCAAGCCCCGCAGACCAGGCCCCCCACCGCCUCCCCCAGCCCCCCCUCCCAAGCUCCUGCAAGCCAACCACACCCACAACCACACCCACCAGCACACCCACACCAAGGCGAGCACCCACACCGCUCCCCGUUCCCACAUGCACCCGAGCAAGAAGGAGAUGCGCCGGUCGAUCAUGCGGCUGGUGGAGCACAACCGCGGCAACGAGGAGGCCAGAAUGGCCCAACAUGGCCAACAUCAGCCGGCCAAGGCACCGGGUCGUCGCAAGCCAGUGGGAGGGCCGGGCUCGUCUUUCCUUCGCCGCGAUUCUAGUCAGGAGAGCAUUGAGGGGGGCAUGGGGGUGCGGCGGGGACCUCGAGAGAAACACCAGCAGCAGCAGCAGCAGCAGCAGAGGGUGCCAUCGCCGUCGGGUGAGGAUUUUACACUGGUGGGGGGUGGCGGCGGGCUGCAGACGAUGCACCUGUAUGGCGUGCCAGGAGGUGAGAAGGAGAGAGCCGAACCAGAGAGGGAGUGAGUGAGUUGUGUGUCGUUCUGUGUUGACUCAUGUUUCUAUCGCAGGUCCCCCUCCUCCUCAUUUUUAUCCCCCUCCUGCUGCUGCUGACGUCAUGCAGCCGUACCAGCCCCACCCCGUCCAUAUUCCCCUUCUGCCAGGCCACUUCCCCUACCCCAUCACCCACCACCCACACCCACACCCGCCGUAUGACCUCUCCCACCUCUCGCCGGUCCCAGAAGGAGACAACGAGACUUCGCGCAACAACACGCCAGCCAUCGCCAGCAACCAGCAGCACACACGCCCCCCACCCGUCGAGGCGCACCCACUGCUCAUGCAGCACCACCAGCAGCAGCACCACCUGCACGGGUACAUCUAUUCAUGCAUCACAUCACGCGGAUAUGUGUGGAUCGGCUGGCGUUUUGUGUGAUCUAUCUUCAGGGCCUCACAUGUUGUUCUGCCGAGCCCUGAUGGCGGCAUACCGUCCCCUUUGGCGGCCAUGGGAGCGAUGGGCGGUGGAGGGGGACGUGGAGGUACAGGUGGGAUGGCAACGCCCGUCCCACGGCCAGAUGAGAGCAGCCAUGGGCAGGGGAGGGGCGUGCGGGAGCGGAGAAGGGCUGUCGGCGGUGUCCUGUGGCAGCAGCAGCAGCAGCAGAGAGGGAGGGGGGCAGGCUGACUUACUUGAGAGGUGGAACUCUGCAUGUUUCGCCGUAGCUCUGCAUGGAUGACCCACGUGACACGCGCC